ACUGGUCAAAGGUCAGCAAAGUCCGAUGGAGAAACUUGUUUUGCAGGUCCACACCAGUACCAGAGGAGCUCCUCUGGCAGCUGGUGGAAAGGAUGCAUAAAGCGCACUUUUUGUUCAGACAAGUUUUUAAGUUCCCAAGUUUGCGAGAGAUCUCCAGAUACAGUGGGAAGUCCGGUUUUGUUUUGAGUUUGCGUGAGAUUCGUCCAGCAUCAGACAUGGCAUCUGACGGUUCCUUUGGAGAAAUGCAUCCCAAAGACUUGAGAAGUUUGAUCAGAAGUGGAAACAUGCAUGGUAGGAAUACAUCUGGCAUGUGCAAAGGUCGUAUCCAGGCCAAUAUUGCCAUUGUGCACAAGUCCUUGGCACAAGACUUUGAGAAGUUCUGCCAGGCAAAUGCAGGACCACUCCCCCUUCUGUACAUGAGCGAGGUUGGUGAGUAUGGGGCACCUCCACUUGCCGAGGACUCAGAUAUCAGAACUGAUGUUGCACUGUACAGUGUGUACAGAGACGGCACACUGACAGAGAAAGUUGGAGAUCUGUCGGAGUUUACGGAGCAGCUGAAGGACAUGGUAACCUUCUACAUAGGCUGCAGCUUCUCGUUUGAGGACGCCGUUAUGUCAGCGGGUGUUCCUGUCAGAAAUUUGGAGCAGGGGGUCUGUGUGUCCAUGUAUGAGGCCAAUAUUCCAUGCCAUCCUGUGGGUCCAUUCCAGUGUAAGAUGUUCCUUACCAUGCGGCCUAUUCCCAAAGACAAACUGGACGUGGUGUACAGGAUCACUCACCACAUGCCUGAUGUGCACGGGGCUCCCAUCCACAUUGGGGAUCCAGCAAUGAUAGGAAUCCCUGACUUGACAGCGGACCAUGUGGGAGAUAUUGUGGAGUUCCAGCCUGGGGAUGUACCAGUGUUCUGGUGCUGUGGUGUCACCACUCAGCCUUCCGUACAGUCUGCAAAGUCUUCACUAGCCUUUACUCACUCUCCUGGGUGCAUGUUUGUUGCUGAUGCCAUGGCAACAGUUCCUACGACAACAACAACAGAUCCUGCUGACACACCCAAGGUUGUCCAGGUAUCCCAGGAACCCUUGCUGUACAGUGUGGCAUCAGAACUGGCUGUUGAUCAAAUACACAGACUGGAGAAGGCAGUACAAGCUGAUCCUGGGAGGAGAGGUAUCAGUGACCUCCACAUCCCGGGGGAGUUACUGCGCUGUGUGCUGUCCCUGUCCCACGCCUCCUCUGUGGCUAUCAUAACUGGCUUCCCCUGUCAUACAGAGUUGACCCCACCAGAAGAAAAUGAUGGCCCUCCUGGUGCUGUUGCCAUGGCAGCAAUGCUGCAAGCCCUGGGGAAGCAGGUUACCAUGGUGAUGGAUGCUAGCAGGCUGCAGCUGAUGAGGGACAUUGUGGAGGACUGUGUACAGACAGGGGUCCUAAAAGAAGGUGUGUCAGUCCUGCCCUACCCACCUACAAAUGGUACAGCCCCAGACAGAGACUCGGCCCUGCAGUUCCUCACCCAUGACGGGGACGUCUCCAGACCCAGGUACGACCACCUGGUGGCCAUAGAACGUGUCGGGAGGGCAGCUGACGGCACCUACAGAACCAUGCAGGCCAAGGACAUCUCCUCAUUGGUCAGCCCCAUUGACCAGCUGUUUGAAGUGGCCAAUGAGGAAAUCCCAGGGAUAAAAACUACUGGAAUAGGAGAUGGAGGUAAUGAGUUGGGGAUGGGGAGGGUGCAGGAGAAAGUCCAUCAGUACAUCACCAAUGGACCAGAGAUCGCCUGUGCUGUACAAGCAGACUAUACCAUUACAGCGGGGGUGUCCAACUGGGGCGGCUGGGCUGUCGCUGCUGGCCUGUAUGUGCUGCAGGCCUGUCCUAUCCAUGACAGGUACCUCAGGAGGGCUGUAGGCUUCCCACGGGACUCUCGUAAACCUCUUGGUUCAGUGCCAUCAUUGGAAAGGGAAGAGAAGGUGAUGUCCGUCAUGAUAAAACACGGUCUCCGGGACGGGAUGACAGCAGAGCUGGGAUUGGUCGUUGAUGGGCUGCAGUUCGGUACUGAGCAUGCCCAGAUCAUGGAGAACCUGAGGACCAUCCUGGGACUCGACUAGUUACAUGGUGUACAAAAAAUGUCCUACAUCAUGGAUUGUAAAUUUGUGGGGAUAUUGGGGCAAAAAAGAAUGCCAAGGUUAUUUCUUGUGUAGCUAUAGCCAACUGCUGCCCACCCAUGUAUGUUAGGGACCCCAGCAGCAGUAUAAAGUGUAAAUGCAUUUAAGUUUGCGGGGAUUUAAUUUCGCUUAGUGGGUAAAAGGACUUUUCGCGGUGGUUUGAAGUUUGCGGUAGUACUAUGCACUGCCAUGGAAAAGUGUUUGAGGUGGUUUUAAGUUCGCAGUGAAGCGGCCACCAUGAUAACCGCGAAUAUUAAACAACCGCGAAAGUUUCUGCAUUUACAGUAAUCCCUGGAUACUACCUAACAAGGGUGACAUUUUAGACAAGAUAGAAUGGAAUGAUCAUAGUUCCUUUGUAAUUCUGUUAAAAUCAACAUUUCUAUCCUUGCUUAUUACAUUACAUUAAUUUGGUCUCAUCACUUUAUUGAUGCAUCUCUGCCCAGUCACAUUAAUGCAGCAAAGAAUAUUUAUGACUGUUGCAUUAUCUUGUGAUGAAGAUGAUAGUAGUGAACUUUCUAGAUUAUAUGAAUGUCAUAUUUGCAAUGUAUUUAAAAUAUCUCAGUUGUCUCUGAAGAAACUUUUUGCAAUUUGUCAUAUUCUCAUUUGAAAAAGAAAUAGACCAAAUCUGGCUACCUCAGCAGUGAUAUGCUUUUGAUAAAUACAUCUGUAAUUUUGCAAUAUAAAUUGUAUUUUUACCAUACAGGAAUGUAAUUUUUGUAUAAUGAUUUCCAAGAUGUUUACAGAAUUACUAUGAAAGUGGUGUAUGAAUAAUCAAACUACAUUUUGUGAUUGCAAUAAAUUUGUGAAAUAUGAACUCAAGAUCAUGACAUAAAAUAUCAAUAAAAUGCUUUAUUACAUAA